AUGUCAGACGUGCAGCUGUGCGAUGAGGUCACGAAUGCGAAGCGUCCGGGGGAGCUACUGGCAGACAGGAUGGACUCCCUGCACUGCGCGCCUUUUGACAGCCGCAGGCAGGACUCCCCGAGCAUGAUGCCAGCUUCCAAGCGCCAACGCCAGGAGCUUAGCUCUCGAACUCUCGAGUCUUGGCUCCGAACUGCCAGAGACAUCGGUUUUUUAGGUUAG